UUAAACAGGCUGCAAAGAUUUCGAUGCCAUAAUGGACAAUGUAUAACUGGCAAAUUACUAUGCGACGGCAGAGCAGAUUGCAGGGAUUCAUCUGACGAGACAGUGGCCGAAUGCAAAGAGAUUCUGUGUCCUGACUAUGCUUUUCGCUGCAAUUAUGGUGGUUGCAUAAACGGAGACUACGUGUGUAAUGGCAUUCAGGACUGCGUUGAUAACAGUGAUGAAACGCAGCUCCUGUGCACAAGCAUUAUAACAAACAUUCAUAAACCAGUACACAUGUACACAUUACGGCUACCUGGUCGAGCAAAUAAUUCACUUUUAAAUUUAUAUAACUAUACAUGCACAGCACCUCCGCAACCGCCGAACGGUCAUAGGACCUUACAUCCGUCGCCAUGCUCAGGUGAAAAGAAAUGUAACGUUUCUGACGGAACGCCACUGAGAACUGAAACACGUCUCGUCUUUUCUUGUAACUCAGGAUAUAAAAUAAAAGGUCGAGACACAUUCAAGUGCACAGAGAAUGGAUGGGAUGUCCACAUACUCGAGAGAUUUAUACCAGAAUGCGAAAAAAUAAACUGCCAAGUUUUGAUCACUGCAGUCUCUGCAAUCGAAGCCAGAUGUACGUACGAUGACAAAUGGAUAUCGUGCGAAACCAGCAAAACUUUUGUUCCAGGAACAAAAGCAAUAUUGGAUUGUCGAAACGGUUAUCACCCUGAAACUAAUCCACUGUCCGCACAAGGAAACACUGUGACAUGUAAUGCGAAUGGUGAAUGGAAACCAAAACCUAUGCGAUGCGUUUUAGCAUGCGGCAUUCUACCUCCUGAUAUUAAACCGAACAUUGUAGGCGGUAUACGACCAACUAUUACAGAAUUUCCGUGGCAUGCUUCGUUGUAUCGCGAUGAAUCAGACAAGACAAAGAAGUACUUUUGUGGAGCGACUAUUAUUCAAGAGAGAUUCCUAAUAACGGCAGCUCAUUGUGUAUUUGAUGAGAAUACUGGGCAACUGAAUGACGCCAGUAAAAUUUAUGUACUAGUGGGAAAUCUCUUUCGUGAUUACGAUUAUCCCUAUCACAAUCGAAUCCUCGUUAAAUACAAUCAGGUGAAACAUAUUUACAUUGCACGCAAUUAUUUGGGAAUUGUUGGAAAUUACCUUUGGGAUAUUGCGAUAUUAGAACUCGUCAGACCGUUUGUAUGGUCAACAUGGUUGAUUCCAGUAUGUAUAGAUACUGUAAGUGAUAAAAGUGCAGCGGAAGUAGGUUCUUACGGAAAGGUAGCGGGAUUUGGUAGAACUGCAUACGGUGAAACUAGCGCAAUGUUACAAGCUUUGACAGUGCCUAUAAUUCCGUUAAUCCAAUGCAUAUCCGCGAGUCAAGAUGCUAAUACGCGACAAUUUAUCACCAAUGAUAAGUUUUGCGCAGGUUACAGAAAUGGUUCUUCUGUUUGUGACGGUGACAGUGGUGGUGGGUUAGUCGUUGAGACCAAUAAUACCUGGUAUCUCAGAGGUAUUGUUAGUGUUUCCCUCGGCACGAUACAAGUCGGUGGGAUUGCUCAUUGCGACAGCAACUUGUAUACUUUAUAUACAGAAGUAUCCAGGCAUAUUCCAUGGAUACAACGAGUCAUUUCAAAGGUUGAACAAGAUCAGAGACAUGAGUUAUGCUCAAAUGAGUCUUAUACGAGAUGUUUCUAAAUUUAUUGAUAUCAUCGAUUGUUAUAAGUAAUUGAGCACUGUAAAAAUGCAUUUAUUUUGUAUUGUAUACGUCUAGACUAUCGAUAAAUUAUUUAUUGUAAAAGUGUAUACGUUA